AUGAACGAAAAAUGGUUUUUUGUUCUCUUUCUUUCAAUAUACCCAUAUUUCAUAAACUCUUUUUAUGUACCUGGAGUGGCACCUGUUGAGUUCGCACAAAAUGCAUCAAUCGAUGUUAAGGCUAUUAAGUUGACUAGUACGACAAACGUCGUACCGUACGAAUACUAUUCUUUGCCAUUCUGUAAGCCUCAUGGAAAUCUUCGUUUCAAAUCGGAAAACUUGGGAGAAGUUAUGAGAGGCGAUCGAAUUGUGAACACCCCUUUUAAUAUCCGUAUGAAGGAAAAUAUUUUAUGCAGUUCCUCAUGUUCGGGCAAACAAUAUGUCGAGCUAUCAGAAAAAGAUGUGAAUAACUUCAUAAGAAGGAUCAAAGAAAAUUAUCAUGUUCAUUUGCUCAUUGAUAAUUUGCCUGUCGCAACGAAAUAUGAUGUUCCUGGAUCUCAUGAGACGUUUUAUGAUUUGGGAUACAGAUUAGGAUGGACAGAUGACAACGGAAAAGUUUUUCUUAACAAUUAUCUCGAGUUUGUUAUGAAAUACCACGAGCACGAGACUGGUCUUUACCGAGUUGUUGGAUUCGAAGUAAGACCUCGUUCAGUUAGUAAACUUCUGUGGUCCAAUGAAAAUUCUGAACUUUGUGAAACAGUGCCGAACGAUAAAAGCUUUAUGGAAUUAACGGGAGCACAGACUAAAGUUGAAUUUGGAUAUAGCGUAACCUGGGAACAAAGUGACAUUCCUUGGGCUAGUCGAUGGGACGUCUAUCUUACAGUGAAAGCAGUGGAUAUUCAUUGGUUCAGUAUUAUAAACUCUGUUGUUGUUGUUAUAUCGCUUACUGGAUUCUUGAGCGUUUCUAUUUUGCGUACAGUUCGCAGAGAUAUUGCUCAUUAUAAUCGAGAUGAAGAAGAGGAUGAUGUUCUGGAAGAGACUGGGUGGAAGCUUGUUCAUGGUGACGUCUUCCGGCCUCCUCCUCAUCAAAUGAUCCUUGUUAACAUGGUCGGUACAGGCAUUCAACUACUAGGAAUGGUUGGAAUUAUUUUACUAUUUGCUGCUUUGGGAAUGUUAUCUCCUUCCAGUAGGGGUUCACUGAUGUCGGCUGCUGUGUUUCUAUUUUGUUUUAUGGGACUUAUUAGCGGAUAUCAUUCGGGAAGGUUAUAUAAAACCAUGAAGGGUAGAAAUCCUAUUCGUUGUGCAAUCCAGACUGGAACAUUGUUUCCUUCUUUGAUCUUGGGAAGUGGAUUUCUUCUUAAUUUUUUCUUGAUAAGUAAAAGUUCUUCCGGGGCGAUUCCGUUCGGGACUAUGAUAGCUCUACUUCUGAUGUGGUUUGGAAUAGAUUUACCUUUAAUUUUUCUAGGUUUCUACUUUGGAUACAGAAAACACCCUUAUGUAAACCCUGUUAGAACAAAUCAAAUUCCCAGGCAAGUACCUGAACAACCUUGGUACUUGAGAACUAUUCCCUGCACAUUUUUAUCUGGAAUAUUACCUUUUGGAGCAAUGUUCAUUGAACUAUUUUUCAUUUUCUCGGCGAUAUGGGAGAAUCAGUUUUAUUAUUUGUUCGGGUUCCUUCUUAUUGUUUGUUUCAUUCUUCUGAUCAGCACAGCUCAAAUAUCUGUAGUUGCUACAUACUUUAUGCUGUGUGCUGAGAACUAUAAGUGGUGGUGGAAGUCAUUUAUUGUAAGUGGAGGAUCUGCUGUAUAUGUUAUGCUGUACGCUGUGUUUUACUACUAUACAAAAUUGGAUAUUGAGGGGUUCGUACCGACAGUGCUUUACUUCAGCUACAGUGCGCUUAUGGCAAUUACUUUUUGGUUCUUAACUGGCACUAUAGGUUUUUAUGCUUCCUAUAUAUUUUUAAAGAAGAUCUACUCAGCUGUUAAAAUUGACUAA